AUGGCAGAAGACGUGUCGCCAGCACCUUCGCCAGGUUUGGCCCUCGACGGCACCGCCGACAGAUCCGCCGGUGCCCCCCCCGAACCCUCGACCUCGACCCAACCAGCCACGACUACUGCACGUGAUGGCAACAACCCCGCCAGCGACCCCGACGGUGAUACCUUGAUGACCUCUGCUGCUCCCGCUCCCACUCCCACUCCCACUUCCGCUGCCAAUCCCACGCGCGCCCCGAACGCAGCGUCCGACCCAGCAGGCGCACCACCCACGCCCGACGCAUCUCCCAAAGCCAUUCCUGCCACUACGACGGCCACUGCUGGUAUCACAGGGCCACCGACCGAGCCUGCUGGCCCCGUCCCGCUGGACUCGCCCUUGCGAACGACGCCCAUCCACCCCUCCCUCCCCUCGAUCAAGGUGCCCGAGUCAGCGGUCGCCAGUAGCGGUGGGGCGGCGGAUAUCAAUCCAAUCACACUGCAGCCGUUCACGGAGGCCGAGCUGUCCAAGUACGGUUUUGCGAAGCUGCGGGCGCAGAUAUUCGCGGCCACGGGGACGGGGACAACGCAUGGCAGUCACCACGGUGGGGCAGUGGGCGACCGCGAAAGGGAGGAGAUUGCGCGUUUGCGGGACGAGACUGCCGCGGCGGUGAGGCAUCGCUUGGAGGAGAGGGAGUUGCGGGUCCGCGAAAUUGAGCGCGAGAUGGAGGAGAAGGAGAAGAUCAGGGAGGUGGAGCGGAAAGUGUUUCGGAAAAAGUUGGGCAAGGAUGGGUGA